AUGCACAUUCCAUCCAUUAUAGCGCUCAUCGUUUCCCUCGCAUUCGCAGCCACGUCUUCGGCCUCGCCCGUCCUAGAGAAGAGAAUCGUCGGUGGCGAGCCUGGCCAGGAAGGCGAACUGCCAUUCAUCGCACAGUUUGUGAGCCGCUUCAGUCCCUGUACCGGCUUCCUCAUUGGGCCUCAAACUAUCAUGACUGCUGCUCACUGUCUGAGAAACCGAUCCCGUACCGGCAUUAUAGUCGGUGGCACCGUGUAUAAGGUCGGCAACUCCACCGAGGUCGCCGAGUACGUGCCUCAUCCGCAAUACAACGGAACAUUGAACGUCAACGACAUUGGCCUAGUCUUCCUUUCCAAGAAGGCCAAUGGCCCUUUCGCACAAAUUGGCAGCAAGUACCCUGAGGCGAACAGCAAGAUCAUGGCUGCCGGCUUUGGCUAUAUUGACACUAGAGGUACCGAAACCGACGUCCUUCGUAAGGUUCGCUUGAAUGUCGGAGGUACGCAGACAUGCAAGGCCUACAAAGCCAAUUUUCAGAAGAAGACGCAGUUUUGUACCACGGAUACUCCCCUGGGCCAUGCAGUUUGCGGCGGCGAUUCCGGUGGACCUUUGUACACUGGCUCCGGUGAGAAGUUGCGUGUGGUUGGGAUUGUCAGCCAUGGCGUCGGCGAAAAUAUGUGUGGUGUCAAGGGCGCCUACCAAUACUACACAUUUAUCAAGCCUUACCUCUCCUGGGUCAAAGCCGAAAUCAAGCAAUUCGAGAAGAACUAA